AGCAGCAGCAGCAGCAGUACAACCAGUACCCGCCCGCCGGCGGCAACGCGUACGCCAUGCAGCCCAUGAACGGCGGCUCGGGCAGCCUCAUCGGCUCGGACCUGGGUCCCUUCUUUGCCGAGGUCGAGUCGAUCCAGGACGAGAUCAAGCAGCUCCAGUACAACAUCAACCACGUGUCCGAGCUCCACUCGCGCCGCCUCGCGUCGACCGACGACCAGACCCAGUCGGCGACGGCGGCCCAGCUCACGCAGCUCACCAACCAGACGACCGCGCUCACCAACUCGAUCCGGAACCGCAUCACCAAGCUCAACGACAUCAACAAGAAGAGCCCGCAGGGCGACCCCAACUUUGCGACGCGCAAGCUCCAGAUCGGUAACCUCCAGAACGGCUUCAAGCGCGCCCUCGAGGAGUACAACCUCGUCGAGAAGCGCAGCCGCGAAAAGUACCGCGACCGCAUGGCCCGUCAGAUCAAGAUCGUCAAGCCCGACGCGACCGACGACGAGAUCAAGGCGGCGUGGGAGGACUCGCAGGGCGGCGCGCAGAUCUUCUCGCAGGCGCUCAUGACGUCGCGGACGUCGGGUGCCCGUGCCGCGUUCGCCGAGGUCCAGUCGCGCAACCAGGACCUGCGCAAGAUCGAGGAGACCAUUACCGAGCUUGCCCAGAUGAUGCAGGACAUGGCGACGCUCGUGCUCGAGCAGGACGAGUCGGUGCGCAUGAUCGAGACGCAGGCCGUCCAGGUCAACACGGACGUCGAGCAGGGCUUGGACCAGACCAAGAAGGCCGUCAAGUCGGCACGGGCGGCGCGCCGCAAGCGCUGGAUCUGCUUCUUCAUCCUCCUCUGCAUCAUCAUCGUCGUCGUCGUCGUUGUCGUCGUCGAGGUGCUCAAGAACCAGGGCAAACUCUAAUCGGGCCACGCCGUGCAGAACAAGGCGUGAUCCGUCCCUCGCCUCGCCCGGCGUCGUCGUCGUCGUCGUCGUUCAGCUCGCCGCCCUCGCCUCGCAAACUCGCGUCUCGCCCGUCUCUCGUUCAGCCUCAUCCACCCCCAGAUACCACAGACGCUCUCUCGCUCUGUCUCUCCCCAUCUCCGCCUCCCGACCUCUUCCUCCGCUCGUUUGGCGUCCGCCCUACCCCCCUCGGCGCUCCCCCUAUAGGCCUUGUCCGGCUUGGUACCCGUCCCUGGUGUAAUGACAACCUGCCACCAA